GGCCCGGCUCUCGCCUGCGCUCCGGCUGGGCCCGCGCCUGCUUCCCUGUGUGUCCUUGUCCGCCUCGGGGGUGCCCAUCCGGGCGGCCGUGCCCCUGUGCAGUGAGCCCGCGCGGCCGCCGCCGCCCCUCCGAAUCCUCCGGGGCCGCCCAGGAGUUCGCUACGGAGGGAGGCGGGGGCCUUCGGGAGGAGGCGGAGGAGGCGGAGGAGGAGGGAAGAAAGAUGGCGGCCGUGGAACUCGAGUGGAUCCCGGAGACUCUCUAUAACACCGCCAUCUCCGCGGUCGUGGACAACUACACCCGCUCCCGCCGAGACAUCCGCUCCUUGCCGGAGAACAUCCAGUUCGAUGUGUACUACAAGCUUUACCAACAGGGACGGUUAUGUCAACUGGGCAGUGAAUUUUGUGAAUUGGAAGUUUUUGCUAAGGUCUUGAGAGCUUUGGAUAAAAGACAUUUGCUUCAUCAUUGUUUCCAGGCUUUGAUGGAUCAUGGUGUAAAAGUUGCUUCAGUCUUGGCCUACUCGUUCAGUAGACGAUGCUCUUAUAUAGCAGAAUCAGAUGCUGCUGUAAAAGAAAAAGCCAUUCAGGUUGGAUUUGUUUUAGGUGGCUUCCUUUCAGAUGCAGGCUGGUACAGUGAUGCUGAGAAAGUUUUUCUCUCCUGCUAUCAGUUGUGUACCAUACAUGAUGAGAUGCUUCAUUGGUUUCGUGCAGUCGAAUGCUGUGUGAGGUUGCUUCAUGUGCGGAACGGAAACUGCAAAUAUCAUUUAGGUGAAGAAACGUUUAAGUUAGCUCAGACGUUUAUGGAUAAAUUGUCAACACAUGGCCAACAAGCAAAUAAAGCCGCACUCUAUGGGGAAUUGUGUGCACUCCUGUUUGCAAAAAGUCACUAUGAUGAGGCAUAUAAAUGGUGCAUUGAAGCAAUGAAAGAAAUUACAGCUGGCUUGCCUGUCAAAGUUGUAGUAGAUGUUUUAAGACAAGCUUCUAAGGCUUGUGUGGUAAAACGUGAAUUUAAGAAAGCAGAACAGUUGAUAAAACAUGCCGUUUAUUUGGCACGGGAUCACUUUGGAUCCAAACACCCCAAAUAUUCUGAUACACUGUUAGAUUAUGGAUUCUACUUACUCAAUGUAGAUAAUAUAUGUCAAUCUGUUGCAAUUUAUCAGGCAGCCCUUGAUAUUCGGCAGUCAGUGUUUGGUGGCAAAAAUAUCCAUGUAGCAACGGCUCAUGAAGACUUGGCUUAUUCUUCUUAUGUUCACCAAUAUAGUUCUGGGAAAUUUGACAAUGCACUAUUUCAUGCAGAAAGAGCUAUUGGUAUCAUUACCCACAUCCUACCUGAAGAUCAUCUUCUUUUGGCUUCUUCAAAGAGGGUGAAAGCACUAAUUUUAGAAGAGAUUGCCAUUGACUGUCAUAAUAAAGAGACUGAACAGAGGCUGCUUCAAGAAGCUCAUGAUUUGCACCUGUCAUCACUCCAACUAGCUAAAAAGGCUUUUGGAGAGUUUAAUGUACAGACUGCAAAACACUAUGGAAACCUUGGGAGACUUUACCAGUCAAUGAGAAAAUUUAAGGAAGCUGAAGAAAUGCACAUCAAAGCAAUUCAGAUUAAAGAGCAACUUCUUGGUCAAGAAGAUUAUGAAGUAGCCCUUUCAGUAGGACAUCUGGCUUCUUUAUAUAACUAUGACAUGAAUCAAUAUGAAAAUGCUGAGAAACUUUAUCUGCGUUCUAUAGCAAUUGGGAAGAAACUUUUUGGUGAAGGCUACAGUGGACUGGAGUAUGAUUACCGAGGUCUCAUUAAACUGUACAACUCCAUUGGAAAUUAUGAGAAAGUGUUUGAAUAUCACAAUGUUCUGUCUAACUGGAACCGGUUGCGAGAUCGGCAGUAUUCGGUUACCGAUGCUCUGGAAGAUGUCAACACCAGCCCCCAGUCCACUGAAGAAGUGGUGCAGUCCUUCCUGAUUUCUCAGAACGCUGAAGGACCCAGCUGCUGAGGAAGGACCUCAGUAAACCCAUUUACCUUUUCCCAGAUUCCAGGGAAUUCAUACUGUGAAAUCAAAACCAUGAUGUUUUGGGGGGCUGGAAUUUGCAUUGAAACGCUGGUCCAGUCCAUCGAAGACCCUGCUUGGGUGAUCCCUAUCUUGCAGAGUGUCCGUAGGAAUAGGCAUAUAUUCAGUUAUAUUCCGCAUGUACCGCAUGUAUAAGUAGUUUGGCCCACAUUUUCAGCGUAGUAGACCAUACAAUGGAAAAUCUGGGUGUUUUUUCCCCUCUCUUUUUUAAAAUCAUUCAUUUUACAAAAAGCCUGAAAGACAAAAGAACCCAUAAAUAAAACGAUGUACGAGUUUAAAAGAGUUGCAUUCUUAUUAUGUAAGGAUGAUUUUAAUAAUUUUUUAACAUAUAAUUCUUCCAUAUGGAGAUACUCAAUACUGUAUUGUAAAGACAUUUUGAGAAAUCUUUAUAUGCAGUAUAAAAAUGUUAAUACAAAUACUAAUAAAUGAGGGACAUCCUUUGGCUAUCUUACUCGAGAAGUGGAGCCAACCACUUCAAGGUAAAUUAUAAGGCAAGGGCCGACAUUCAUCUGAACUGGACCAGUGUUGAUCUGUAAGUAAUAUCUGAUAGGUCAGCAGUUUUAACUUUUUUCGGGGUACAACAAUGCAAAAUGCUCUGAUAGUGUUUACUAACAGGACCAGAAGGACCUAAAAAGGACCAGCCUAAUGGAAAAGGACCAGAGGCUUUAGAUUAUUAUUUUAGCCCCUGCAUAUGCUUUUUUUUCAAUAGAGUGAUUCAUUUAGAUGUAUAAUGAGAAAUCAUAAUGCAAAAAUUAUAUUUGUGUAAUAGAUACCAGAUGAGGGAAAUUUGGCAAUUUCAGUAGCAUAUCUUUAGUCAAGGUGCACAGAUGGCAAUGCCAUAUGCAAGUCCGUAAAUAUGGUCUCUCUAUAUCUGCUGCAGUCACCGCCCUCAUUUUCAACAUUACCAUAAUAAUCAAUGCAGUUUACAAUAUAUUGGCUAAAUGUCAUACGAUAACUCAUGCCCAUGAAUGAAGACUUGAGGUUACUAUGUGAUUGUCGGGGUUGUUGGGGGCUGGAGGAUGGAAUGAAUGCCCCCCAAAUACAGUACAUCUCGUAGGAAUCCUUUGUUUUUAUGGCAAAUGCUAGUACAAAUUGGUCAUUUUAAUUGAAAUCCAGGAGUCCAGUGGAAUGACUCCCUAAUGGUACCGCUGUUCCACUAACUGUUCACUGGGUUGGCUGGCUGGUUGGUUUGUUAAGCCAGUUAGAGUUCUCCCUCGUUUUGUUUUUAAUGUUGGGGUAAUAAUCAAAUCUGAGGUGUUGUGAUAUGUAGCAGUCUAAGAAACAAAAGGUUUUUUUGGGUUUUUUUUUUGCUGUUACCUCAAUUCUUACUAUGGUGGCUCAUUUGGGUCCACUAUAGCCAAGAAUCUGAGUUUUUACCCCCUAUUUUCAGGGGUUCAUGACUUGGCUGUUAGUGAUGUUGCUCCCAACUAACGCUUUGAGUAACUGGGUGAGUGGAUGUGUGCUGAAUUUUGUUUUUCUUUUAACUUGCACAUUGAGUGGGAGGAGGGAGAAAAAAUCUAAAUUGUACGGAAAAUUUGGCAAUUUCAAACUCAUUUAAUUGUAAUUCUAUUUUUGGACUACCCUAAUAUAACCUUAUUUAAAACUGUUGUUUGCAAUCUUGUUAGUUUUGAACCUCUCCUUUUUUAAGUCACCAGGGUAGGCUUGAUGGGGGAUAGAACUAUGGAGAUGAAGCAAGCCCAGAUCCUAAGACUAUAGGGGUGUGAUCAAGAAACCUCCAUUUAGUCCUUAAAUUGAAUUGCUUUCUCUUUAAAUUUGAGAAAGAGUACAUUGGCCCACCCCUGCAGUUUGUGAAGCUGGCGCCCUCCCAGGACUGCAGUCUAAUGCCAGCUGGCACUUCUUGGUUCAUUACCAGAUUGCCUCUGUGACCAAGGACUAACGUUUUAAAGUUACUCAGCUUUAUCAUAAUGGGCCUAUAUAUUUAAUAUAAUACCUCCAAAGAUAUCUUAGCAUAGGUGCUGUAUACUUUUUUGUUGGUUACUUGGAGUCCUGUGGUGUGUUUGUGGUAUGGGAAUGUCAUGGUAAAAUGUUUUUCAAUAAAUAUUUUUUAACUUCUGUUUCCAUAUGAAGUUGGGUUUUUUUGUUUUUUUAAUCUAUGGUUUUGCUUUGUUUUUUGUUUAUUUUUAUUUUUUGGCACAUACAGCACUUCGUAAGAUAAAAUCAAAUAACUCAUCCUUUCUGAAUUCAAACUGAACUCAAUUUAGCUCAUACUGAGUGAUAAAGUAACAAGGUAUUUUGAAGCUUAAGGUCACAGGGUUGGCAUUGUAAGAUGACAGCCAGUUUUGCUUUUUGGUUGGUAACGUCAUUGUUGACAGUUACUCUGUGUCAGUACUGCUUGAAUGUGGUUUUAUGUAAAUUCCUACCUUCGAUUUAAGGCAAACACUAGCGCAAGAAAAGUGAUGACCUAGUAGGCCAUUAUUUCUGUUUCUGAUGAAGAAGAAUAAUCAUUUUAAGUGUGGGACUUUUCCUUGUCAUGGGGAUGCUUGGGAUAAAUCAGAUGUGUGGGGUUUAAGAAAAUCAUGGAAGAACAUUUCCCUCACUAUAACCCAUAGCUUGCACAAACUUCACAGAUGGUAGAGUUGUAUAUAAGGCAGCCCAGGUCACUUGAUUUUCCCGAAGGUGCAGCGAAGUAACAUUAAUUCCAGAGACUUGGGUCAUAGCCCUCCCUACCUAUACUGCUUCCUUACCACCCACUUUCCAAACGUUUGGUGCUACUCAGGUCACGUGCACUGGGAAGCUCUCCCCACACUUGCAUAUGCUUCACAGUGGCCAAUCACGAACCAUGUGGGUUUUUUGAACCAUAAACUUUAUUAGGGGCCCCCCAAAGCAUUAGGACUCAGUACCGUUAAACCUGCCUGCUUGUUUAAAAACGAGCUCAGCAUAGCUCUGCAGCACUGCCUUCCUGGGUCUGCUCUCAUCUGUGAAAAUGAAGGAUUUUUCCAAGACAAAAAGACCUGUUCAGAAGAGUUCAUAAUUUUAUAAGAAUUGAGUACAGCGGCUACAGUUUUAUAAAUACUGACGGUGCUGUUUGGCUGUUCCUUGUAGUGCAAACAGAAUGUUGGAAAGUAAACAUGCCUAAAACAAUGACGUUUGGGCCAAAACUAAAAAUUGAAAGAACAAUUUGCUGAGUAUUGAAACCCACCACUUGGCUCCUAGGUUUUUUUUCCCUUGGUGACAGAAUUGCUACUGGGGAAAAAAAAUCUUUUUAAAAUUUUACUUUUUCCUUAAAAAAGUAACACAUUUCACUCCUGGCUUUGGAAGCAAGGAACACCUUCACUCCCCACCUCCUGCACUCACAUAAACACCCGUCUAACAUCUGGAUUAAUCUCCAGUUUAAACACUAGUAGUGUCCCCAAAUCUCAGGAAUGUUUUAGGCAGAAAAGUGGUUUUACUCUCUUGAUGGACUGAAGGAGUACGCGUUGGGGUUUAUUAAAUAAUACUGUUCUUUAAUUGCAAUCCUAGGUAUCCGUAGCAUGAGUGGCCUUAGUGAGUCUGUUGAAGUGCACAUUUUUUUCAAAAGUAAAAUUUAAGAUUAAAAAUAUAUACUAUAUAUAGAGAGAUAUCUAGAAAACUUGGUUUGUGGUGCACAAGUUAAGUGUUGGAUCACUAAAUAACCACAGGUACCAUUUGUGUAACGUCCAUUUCUGUAUAUUCCUUUUAUGGAAAGAUACAUUGCCAUGGUAACUAAACAUUUUCAAUUUAGUUAUACUUUUAUGAUAAGAAUGAAUGCUACAUUUUAUUAAAUAUUACCAGGUCAGUACUAUUUUUAUACUUUACCAAGUAACGGGGGAUUUUAGUUUAAUAGGCUCAAAUAAGCUAAGUCCUAAUGGAACAAUUCAAAACAAAUCACUAACAAAUCUUUACAUGAAAAUCCCCACUAAUAGUGCCACAGUCAUUUCUAUAGAAAUAUAAAGUCAUUAAUAGGCUUUUGAAGACUGAUCUUUAUUGUUUUGAGAAUGACCUUCCAUAUCAUUUUUCUCUCCGAUUUGUAGUGCCCACCAUUAUUUGUAUCCAUUCAACCAUAUUAAGUAUGUUUGUAACCAGCAUUGUGAUAUAUUCUGUACUUGUAUUGCUAAAAAUUAUUGACCUAAUAAAUAUAGUGUUCCUGCA